CGGCCGACCCCCGUCCAAACCAGCCGGGCCCGGGCCGUACCGUCUCCAGCGGCCUCAGCUUCCCACUCCUGCCGCCGCGCGGCGCCACGAUCGGCAGCGCUCGGGGGCGGUCGGCGCGGUCGCCGCCGCCGGCCGGCCGGCAGUCCUUCCAGCGCCGCUCCGGUACCUCCUCGAGCGUCCAGCAUGUCCGAGGCGAGCUCCGCACCGUCGCCGCCGCGGCUCUGCCACCUGGUCAAGUGGCCCACGUUCGACGGGUAUGGGUUCAGCCUGCACACGGAGAAGGCCCGGCCCGGUCAACACAUCGGCAAGGUGGACGCCGGUUCUCCAGCGGAGGCGUGCGGCCUGCGCGACCGAGACCGGAUCGUGGAGGUGAACGGAGCGCCCAUCUCCGGCUGGGGCCACACGGCCGUGGUGGCCGCCAUCAAGAAGAACCCGGAGAGAGUCAGUCUGCUGGUGGUGGACGAGAUCGGGUGGGAGUACUUCACCGGCAAAGGGGUGACCGUCAGCGCCGGCAUGGAGGGCGUGGUGGAGAGCUCGGCCGAGGGCCGUGAGCCCGGCAAACAGGCGAAAACCAGCCCCCCGAAGCCGGCGCACAAGGGCCCGAUCCCUGUGAAACCUCCGGUUCCGCCAAGCACCGACAAGAAGCAAGAGGAGGACUCCAAGAAAGAGGAGGACGACACCAAGCAGGAGGAGACCUCCACUCCAGCCGAGGCUGCCAAAAAUGAAAAUGGCUCUCCAGUAGCCGACGAAAAUGUCGCUGAAAACAAGGAAGAAACAAAUGAUAACUCGGAUAGCUCCCCUGACUCGGCGGAUAAAUCAGUGGCUGAAGAGAAAACGGAUUCAACCGAGACAGCGCAGAAUGGCUCGACAGAUGAACCAAAACCAGCGGAAAACGGCGCGAAGUCAGCGGAGGAGAAGACCGAAAAUGCGGAGGAACCUAAACCAGAGGACUCCAAACCAGAGGACUCCAAACCUGUGGAGGACUCCAAACCUGUGGAGGACUACAAGCCAGAGGAGGACUCCAAGCCAGUAGAUGAAUCUAAACCGACAGAAGAAUCCAAGCCAACCGAGGAAGUUAAAGCAGAUGAAGAAACUGAGGUGGCUGAAGAUGAAUCUAAGCCAGCGGAGGAACAAUCCAAGCCGGCUGAUGCCUCUAAGCCUGUCGAAGAGGAGCCAAAACCAGCCGAGGAGGAGCCUAAAGCUGCGGAGGAGCCUAAGGCUGUGGAGGAGGAACCCAAACCAUCGACUCCUGAAGCCAGCCCGGUGCCUCAGAUCACUAUCACAACAGAAGAGAAUAGCGAUGCGACUCCUGCAGAACAAGAAACGGGUGACGGUGCCGAAGCGUCAAAGGAGGACGAGGUCGACAAAGCAGCAGAAGCUGUAGGAGAAACUACAGCGCCAUCAGCAGAGACGGAGACAAAACCGACAGAGACUGAGACAGCAGAGACGGAGACGAAGCCAGCGGAGGUGGAGACGGCUCCUGCAGAGACGGAGACGGCUCCUGCGGAGAAAGAGGCGUCUACUGAGCCCGAGACACCAGCAGAGGCGCCGGAGCCGGCAGCGGAAACAGAGGCGACCGAGACGGAGACUGUCGAGACGGCCAAAACCGAAACGGCAGAGACUGAGACGGCUGUGACGGAGACGGCCAAGACCGAGACUGCCGACGCCGAGACUGUGCAGAAAGAGGCUGAGAAGACAGCCAAGGAGGAACCAGCAGAGGAGGAACCAGCCAAGGAGGAACCAGCCAAGGAGGAACCAGCAAAGGAGGAGCCAGCAAAGGAGGAGCCAGCCAAGGAGGAGGCGAAACCAGACAGUCCCGAGCCGGGCAAGGUGGAGGAGACGGAAGAGAAUGCAUCUGAGGAGAAGGAAGAGAAACAAGCAGAGCAGCCGAAAGAGGAGCUGAAGCCAGCGGAGGGGGAGAAGUCCGAAGAUAAGCCUGAAGUGAAACCAGAACCACCAGUUCAGCAGGAGGAAAAGAAGGCGGAGCCACAGGCCGCUCCCGCUGAACCCGCCCCAGCUGCGGCCCCGGCGAAGCGGGCGACUGCGACGCACGACUACGAGCCGAUCCAGUUCAACAGCGCAGCCACUGCCCCCGCUGCCACCGCUGCUGCCCCUGCUGUGGACCCAGCGGCACCCUCCGGGACCACAGAGUCCCAGAAGGCCCGGCACGACCCCGCCGCGCCGCCUGCCUCGCCACCUGCCGCUACCACCGCCUCUCCGCCGGCACCGAACGGCAGCGCCGCUGCCACCGCGAAACCGUCGCCGUCAUCGGCUCAGAAACCAUCGCCGGCGUCUGCUGAGAAACCAGCAGCGGCUGCUAAAGGAGCCGAGAAGCCAGCGGCUAAGAAGUCUGACAGCAUCGAGGAUGAGUCGUGGAAGAACUUGACGGUGGCCGAGAUGCGCGAGCGUCUGAAGGCCAAGAAGAGGCACGAUCCUCGCGAGGAUAAGAUGUCGUUCAAGAGGCGGCAUGAGAUCGUCUCCAAUAUGUAAGGGUGAGCUGAGCGCUGAUGAGGACAGGGUGAGGGAGAAUGAUGACGGCUUCUGACUUGGACUCACGUUCCAGAGCUGAUGUGAUGAAGUGUUGAUGACUGAGAGUGACGAGUUAGUGACUGAGGAAGAGUUGUGAGUUGUGAGGCAGAGUGGAGUUUCACUGGUGAGGCACUGAGCCACUGAGACAGUGUCUCGCAGUGAUCUGCAGGACCGGUCGUGAUGCUACUGAGCUGCCACAAGGGCGUGUUAGAUCGGCAGAUCGCAGCCCUUCUCAUGCAUUUUUCAUCAGAGGUCACUGACAGCCGGAUAGCAACUCAAGGAUCGAGUGAAAUUAUUUCAGAAAUUAUUUCAGGUCGUCAUUGGUUUUCGCUUCUGUUUUUCCGGAUUCACAUUGGCCAAACUAAGCAGCAUGUUCUACCUAGCUUUUACGACAAUAUUCUGAUGGGCAAGACUCUACAGAACACAUAACUACCCUAGAGCCAUAAAUAAACUUGCAGUCAAUGCCACACCCAGUAAUAGCAAUCGACUGGAAUUUGCAUUGCAUGGCGAAAUUUGCACCGUAAGUGCACUGCGGGACCGGCGUGAUCACUACUAUAUGCAAAGUGGCUGCCGGGUGUGUCGCCUCGUGGCUUUCGUAGCAUAUCGAGGAUCAAAGCGCGGGAAACGGUGUCGUCAAGUCAAGAACUAGCUGCAGUCAAGAAGCAGCCGUGUGAUAGUACCGAGACAAUGAUCAGAGACGAGCAUUUCCCUAUCAGACUACACGGCACGCACACCGAUCACGGUUGUAGUGGGAUAGGUAUGACUAUUGGUAAACAAAUUCGAGAACGUCUGUAAUUCGUAAAUUCGUCUGUCUGUAAUCAGAGAGGUCUGUCAUCGUUAAAUCAGGUUCGCACAUUUAUUAAAAUGCGCAAUGUUCCUGACGUCUAUAUAGGUUGCUACGAGACGAACCGCGAGCCAACGCAAAUAAAUGGAAACGAGACUUGUAUAGAAAAUAGACGUUAUACUGCACAGUGCACAACUUGAUUAUUCACACUACGGAAAGCUUUUGUUAUGGAUGCAUGAGUGGGUAUGUUUGUAGAUUGAAGACUUGCCUACUUUCUGCGUUAUGGUUGUGCCAUUACCGUGUAGCAGCAGAGGUCAAUGUGAUUGGUAUAAUGUGGAGCUGAAAUCUGUAAAUAUAGUCGUUAUAGGAAUGGCUCGUAAGAUAUGCUUACCCUUACACGCAAACGGCCCGGGACUGAUGCAUUAUAAUCGAGAGAUUGUCUGAUACUGAGUCGACCCCUGUGACCAAUUGCACCAUAUCAGUGAGUGACCUGUGAGCCCUUGCCUGUCAUGUGCGUCCGCCCGCCGUCGGCCGGAGGAAUGUUCGGGUCUCGCCGUUGAUUGUCAUUGGCGCAUUGAAGUUGAAGAAGCCCGUGUGGAAGAUAUAGGAGGAUCCACAGCCGCCUCAUAGAUGAGCGUGAAGUUAUCAUGGCGACCGCUAUACGACCGUCACGCCAUGUAGAUCGAGUGCUGUUAGACAGCAUGCUUUGUUGUAUGCACUGCUGGUGGAAUCGAUAUAGCUCUUAUUAAUACAUUGUAUAUUCAAAA